UGAUUAUUUCAAACAAAUUAGAUGAAUUUCACCAAAAAUCAACCGUGAUUUUCUCUCUCUUCAACCUUACUGACACCAUUUCCAAUUCUAUGUUCUCCUUAAGCAUUUUCUCUCUCCUCACUCCAUUUUCGCUAAAAAUCGCCAUUGAUAACUACUCUUCUACUCAAAAACUGCCAUAAAUUCUCUUUCUCGUUUGUUAUUUUCUGUUGGUGAUGAAAUUACUCAUUGAUUUUUGCUCGUUUUGAAAUAUAUCACUCGAUGAAAGGUCGAAAAACUAGUUAUACAAUUUCGGACUUCAUCCGAUUUCUCAAGUGCAAUUUCUUCGGCAACAAUGAAUCCAUCAUUAAUCUGCAAUAUGAAGCUCAAAGCUAGGUAACGCUCCCUAUUUGACUUGAAUGGACCACUAUGCUCUUUAUGCAAUUUGUGUUAUAAAAAGGACCUUGUUCCCCAUUUGGACACAAUACAUGAAACAGUCCCCUCACUUCACGACAUUGCUGUCCCGAGCCUCCCAAAAUCGGUCCCCACGACCUUGCAACCAAAUCGGUCCCCUCGACCACCUAAAUUUUAUAUUUUAAAAAAUCGUGAAAUUUCGAUGGGUCUUGGGUCAUGGACGGCGAGUGGAACAUACGUACACCGGAGAAUGCGUCGGAUCAUUCUGAUAUGGAAUCUGAGGAAGGCGGUGACAGUGUGAAUUAUAGUGGGAAUUUUGUCACCGAUACAUUUUUUCCUACAUUUGACGAUGCAGUUACAUGGGCUGAUGGUGUUUCCAUAAAAUUGAGAUUUAUAUUGGUGAAAUCGUCUUAUAACAAAACCAGAGAUGGUCGGUCGUAUCGGUAUUUGCGAUGUGAUCGGUCACGAAGGAGCAAGCUGAGAGAUUUGGAGAACGCGAUACGGAAGGACACCAAAACCAAAGCUAAUGGUUGUCCAUUCUACAUCAAGAUAUAUUAUGAUGUCAGCACCGAAAGUUGGAAAAUCAUUGAGAAAAAUGAUCACACCAGGACACAUAACCACCCAAUGAUUGUGUACCCAGAGGGUCACCGUAAAGUGAGCGGAUUGAGUCCGGGUGCAAAACGGGUUGUGCGGGACAUGACAAAGUCCAAGGUUGCUCCCCGUAACAUCAUGUCCUCUAUUGCCGAGCAAUUUCCUGAUGAUCAUCCAAACAUCCGACACAUUUACAAUUGUCGAAAUGACUUCUGGAUGGAGAUGUCCGAAGGAAGAGGAGUUGUUCAGCAAUUUCUUCAUCUGGCGAGAGAGAGUAAAUACAUUUACUGGGUCACGAACGAUGAUCACAACGUUUUGCAACAUGCAUUUAUGGUGCACCCGAUCAUGGUCAACAUACUCCGCACAUACCCACAUGUCAUAGGUAUGGAUUCUACUUACAAGACCAAUCGAUAUAACAUGCCUUUCUUUGAGAUAGUAGGCGUGACACCGACAAACCAGAAUUUUCUAGUUGGAUAUGUUUUCAUGCGCGACGAGUGCACGGCUAGCUAUUGGUGGGUGUUGCAAAGAUUAAGGGAGUUGAUUGGGUUUGAUAAAGAGCCAUCUGUAUUUAUUUUAGACAGUGAUCUUGGACUAUGUGCGGCUUUGAGAGAAACAGCGCAAAACACUACGCUCCUGCUCCAUCCAGAUAUACCGUGCCACGUGACCGCCAAAACUAGGGAUAACUGACCCAUCCUCAGGCCCACCCGGCAUCGGUUCCUGCACUUACCUUGCCUCUGCAGAGCUGGAAGUAGGCUGACUCGAUCCACUACCAACAAAUCUCCCAAACUGACCCCUAUAUACCAUAUGGAAAUCCUGAGGGUCCUAUUCUUCAUCCCGGUCACCAGCAUGACUAGCCGAACAUUCGUCUUCUUCGUCAGAUAUGGGUGCUCCACUUGCAAGGUACAAGGGCCGAUUACUACCAGACUGUUGGUCUCCCGACCAACCACUAGUAGACCCGUAUUGCUGCUGCUCGGGCUGAAGCGGUGUAGAUCGAGAUGUCUGUCUCCUAACAGACGCAUUCAGACAUCUUGAUAUUGCAUGUCGAGCACCAGAACCCUCGAUCUACAUAAAAUAAGAAAAUAAUCCGAUUUUAGUAAUAA